AUGGAGGAGCACAGUCUGCAGCAGGAUGAGGCUGUUGAUGAUGAGGAGUGUGCUCAAGAUGGGGAGUAUGCUCAGGAUGAGGAUGAAGAUAAUCAUGAUAAAUUUAGGGGCUCAGAAUUUCGGGCAAAGUAUCUGGAAGUGGGAGAGGGGAAAUGGAAAGGGGCAAAAUGUUUUAAGGAAAGAUGCAGUGCGUGGAUUAAGAGGAAAAAGGGGGAUAUUGAGGUUCUAGUUUGGGAGUGGCAAUGGAAGUCGAGUUUUGCGAAGAGAGAGAGGCAGGAGAGGAAGGAGUCCAAGGACAGGGAGGUGAAAGCUGACAGGAAAGAACAAGACCGCCCCAGGAAGUGGGGUAGAGACAAGAAAGUGACCGGAUGUGCGAAAACGAGGGCGACAGAAGUAAAGGGGUGGUGGAAAUGGCAUGGCGUGGGGUGUUUGACACCAGAGGCUGGUAACGAGAGAGGAUCUAGUAAGAGGGCGAUUAGGGAUGGAGAGGCCUUUGUGGAUAGGAGCGAGAUGCAGGAGGGGAUGGAGAAAGGACAAGAGUGA